CCAAGUUGGGGCCAAUACUGAAAAGGCCCUGGCCCUAGUUGAGGCCAAUCUAGCCACCUUAUGGCUCGGGAUCUCCAAAAUAUUGUUAUUUGUGGACCUUAAGGUCCUCCGCGGGACAUACCAGGAGAGGCGGUCCCGUAGGUACGAGGGUCCGAAGCCGCCUAGGGCUUUAAAGGUCAAAACCAGCACCUUAAGUCUGAUCCUGUACUCCACCGGGAGCCAGUGCAGCUGGUAAAGCACUGGAUGAAUGUGAUCCCACGGCUGGGACCCCGUAAGGAGCCUCACUGCGGCAUUCUGCACCCACUGGAGUUUCUGGGUCAGCUUCAAGAAGGUGAGGAACUCCAGCAGCAACCUUAAGUGUGAGAAGGGCUCGGCAGUAGAGUAUAUUUCUUGCAGGUAAAAGGUCCUCCCAGAUUCCUGGAAUCUCCAAGUUGCCUUGGGCGAAAUUCCUGCUUGAGACCUUGAAGUGCUGCUGCCAGUCAGAGCAGGCAGGAUUGGGCUCAGGUGCGCAAUUAGCCUGACCUUUUGAAAGCCACCUUCCUAUGUGCCCAACAGCGGGGUUACAACUGCACAAGGAACAUUCCUUCUCUUCACCUAUAAUACCUUGACCACAGACUCUUGCUUGCCAGCCUCUCCUUGCUGUUCUUGGAAUCACCCCUCCCAGAUGAUAAAGCACCAGUCACCUCUGUUUGCUUUUAAUCAUCCUUCAGGUAUGUUACAGCUCACUGUGAUCCCUAUAUCUGGAAACAGUUUGGGAAUUGCUGGUCUCCCAAGUAUAUAUGCCGGGGCCUCCCUCUAGUCCCACGCCUUUGCCCUAUUUGCAAAACCGAAUGAGGUUGAUUGGUAAAGGCGCUUCUCCGUUGUGCAAUUUACUCACCCCAAGAGGUUCUUUCCCGUGUUUAUGGAGCCAGGUUGGAGGGGUUGCUUCUAGGACAGACAAGAUAAAUGGGCUGAGAGCAGCAAUUGAUCAUCAGACUGUGCAGCAAAGACAGCUAUUGAUCCAGAAAAGAAGAGAGGGAAAAUAAGGGGCAGUGUUGUUUUCUUCUUCUUUUUAAUGAGACAAUUGAUGUGCAUGGUGGAUGUUUGAGGGCUAUUUUGCUACACAGUAGGUAUGGAAGCACAGUUAACUCUUUGCUACGGAAAGCCCAAGGGAUUGGGCUGUUUGAUCCUUGCCAAAGUAGUUAUUAUGUAAGGAUCUUAGAGGAGAGUGGCUAUUUUGGAAGAUGCACCCCUGUGUUCUGUCCAAAUAUUAUUUUGCACUCCACAAGACUGUAGCAGAAACCAGGUGCCCUGCAAGGCUGAUAGACAGGUGUCACCCAAAUACCUGGUGCCGCUUGCAAUUUUUUAAAAAAUGUCAUUUUUAUUAUAAAUAAAACAACAAGCAAUUUAUUUUUAUUUUUAUUUUAUUACCAAAAUGGUUAAGAGUCAGCAUGGGGAGGCCGAGAGAACACUGGGUUUCUUUCUGGAAUGCAAGCCUGUCACUUCUACCACAAAACCAAACUCUCUCUUUUUAAUACAGUUUUAUUCAAGAUUUACAUAAUUACAAACAUAACAGAAGUCAUAAACAAUAAAUAAAUCCACAUAAAUCAUAAAACUAAAAAUACAACAUUAAUAUCAAUAACAAUUUAGAAUGGCAUAGAUUAAAAAAAAAAUUUAAAUAUCCAUUGGGGGGGGAAACAACAUGGGUGAAAUAUACAUUUGGGUAGGUUUGCCUAAGCAAACAACAAACAAAAAACUUCAGGAGACAUUGAAAACAACACAGCAAAGGAACCUGCCUAAUAUUAAUUGAUGUCUUGACAAAUGCCAAUAUUCACUCCACCUUGUUCUCUCCCUGCCUCUCCCUCUUUCUAAUUGUCCCUUUCACUUGCCUCUCAACUAUGCUGGUACAAGCCUGCUUUGGGAACUAUUAGAGAAAGGGUAUCUGUUCCUGUCAUUAUCUAUUUUUCCCAUCCGUGUGUGUGUGUGUGUGUGUGUGUGUGUGUGUGUGUGUGUGUGUGUGUUUCCAAAGGGCUUGUAAUCCUACCCUGUCACCCAGUACCCUCAAACAUACACACAGUCCAGGAGCUACAUUCUAGGGAAAGUGCCAUGGUUGGGUGGUGUGUGUGACAGGACUUUGUUAGGGGGGGCAAAACUGACGUGCUUGGUCAGUUAGUUUUUCUAUUGUUUUACUUGAUCUAGGGAGGUGGAAGCUGGCCCCUGCCUACCCCCCCCCUUGACUACACCCAUGACUUUUUGGCUGAAAAGAAACUGACCAAACUGCUUUCACUUCCCCUGAGAAGGGAAAAUUCCCCAGGCAGGAGGACCAUGUGACCUCAUGAAGCCACACCAGGAAGAGUAAGAGAGUGUAGGCGGACUCCAAACAGAGAGAGAGAGAGAGAGAGAGAGAGAGAGAGAGAGAGAGAGAGAGAGAGAGAGAGAGAGAGAGAGAGGUGAGUGCUUGCCUGUGUGGACUGAGCUAUCCUAAAAGCAGUCUCUGCCCUGACUCCUGAACAGCCCUCUGCCUCUGAAGCGAAUAUAAGGAGUCUUGCUUUCAUAACCAAAACCAGAAACCCUGAACUGGCUCCCAGCCUUCUUUUUCUGCCCCAACCAAAGGGAUCAACAAGCAGAAGCUUCCCGUGACCAUGCUUGGUGGGAUGGAGAUGAGGACCUGGAUUGAGCCUGUCGUUGCCGGGGCUCAGCUUGCAAGCUCUUUCUACGACACCGGGCUGCUGCUAGUGGUGAAGAACUACUACAACCACACCAACUCCUCGGCGCAAGCCAACGAGAAUUCUCAGCAGAAAGCCAUCUCCAACUUCUUCAUUAUCUACAAGCUUCUCGACGGCUUGACGCCGCUGCUGUCGGCUUACGGCCUGGCUAAGCUGGGCGACCUGAAGAGCAGGAAGAUCUCCAUCUGCGUGCCUCUCCUGGGCUAUUUGCUCUCCCGGAUCCUGCUGCUCCUCCUCAUCCUGCGGAUGUGGCCCAUUGAGGUGAUGUAUGGGGCUGCUGUGUUGCACGGGCUGUCUGGAGGCUUCACCACAUACUGGGCCAGCGUCAUGGCUCUGGUGUCUAAGGGCUCCUCCGAGAGCAGGCGAUCACUUCGCCUUAUCAUCGUCGAGCUCAUCUACGGCAUAGCUGGCUUCGUGGGGAGCAUUGCUUCUGGGCACCUCUUUGUCAGCUUCCACCUCAGCUACCGCCACGGCGCAGUCCUGGUUUCUUGCAGCGUUGCCUUAUACGCUUUCUGCCUCCUCUACAGCCUCUUUGUCCUCAGGGUCCCCAAGCCUGCAAGGUCUUGUCCUCUUGCUUCUGCAGAGCCAAACCAUCCUGACAUCAAGCUGGCUGAGGAUGAUGACGGAGAGCCUCACUUCCACGAGAGUUGCUCCUCUAUGGUACCUUCCAAGCUCAUCAUUGCCAUGCUUUUUGUGGCUGCCAUAAUGUAUGACUCAACUGUGGCGGGAGCCAUGGAUGUGCUGCCACUUUUUCUCUUGAAGGAGCCCCUGAGCUGGGGGCCGGUAUAUAUUGGCUAUGCCAACGCUGCUGGCUUUCUGAUCUUUAUCACCAGCUUCCUAGGAGUUUUUAUGUUCUCCAGGGUUUUCAGAGACACCACCAUGAUUAUGAUGGGGAUCGUGUCUUUCUCAGCCGGCAUCCUCAUCAUGGCCUUUGUGCGAUGGACGUACCUGUUUUACAUUGCCCGUGGUGUGAUGCUGUUUGCCCUCAUUCCCUUGCCGACCAUCAGAUCUUUGCUGUCGAAACACAUAGAAGGAACUUCCUAUGGAAAGGUGUUUGUCUUGCUGCAGCUUUCACUGGUGAUCACCGGUGUUGUGACAUCAACUGUCUAUAACAAGAUCUACCAAAACACCUUGGAGUGGUUCAGCGGGUUCUGCUUCCUGUUGUCAUGUGGUAUAGGAUGCCUGAGCCUCAUCCCUAUCAGUAUUAUAGCAUGGAAGCAAAAGGCAACAUCUGGUUCACUUGAGAUUUUAACGGACUGAGAGCAGAAGGAAGCGGCCGUACCUAUUUCAGAAGCGGACAUACAAAUCAAGAGCAUGACUUGAGGGGCCCAGCAGUUGGGCUGCUUGAAAGAUGGCCUGCGUCUUGCAAUUACCUGCACGGAGAGAGAUGUUCAGUAUCUACUGACUGGUCUCCGUAGCGUUUCAAGGGGGUGGUACUGCAAGUUAAAAUCAAGAUGCAACAAGCGAGACAAUUGGCACCUAGAGAGGUGGCAUUGUCUCUGUAGCAUGGUUCUCCUUCCACCCAAAAAGGUUGCCGUCGCUAAUGCCAAUUCCCUCGUCCGCAUCACUCCAGCUCUGAAAGCAAAUGUUCUCCCCUCCCUAAGCAACAAGGGUCUUGCUACCCUCUUUCUAGAGCAGAACAUGCCACACUAGAGGCCUUCAAACAGAAGCGGGACAGAAGCUGCACUAGCUCUCGAUUGCCCGCGUUGAGCAAUUGGGUUAGACUAUAUGGCUUCCAAUGACCCCUUCCAGCUCUAUUCAUCUAUCUCACUGAAGUCGCAGUAGCAUUUGAGAUCCAGCUCUGAGGUCCUUCUGGCAGUUCCCUCAUGGCCAGAAGUGAAGUUCCCAGGCAGAGGGGUUUCUCAGCAGUGGCGCCCUCCCUGUGGAACACCCUCUUGUCAGAUGUCAAGGAGAUAAAGAACUGCACAACUUUUAGAAGAAUAUGAAGGGAAGUUUUUUUCAAAAUGUUUGAUGUUUUAUUACGUUUUUAUAUUUUGAUGGAAGAUGCCCAGAGUGGCUGGGGCCACCCGGUCAGAUGGGUGGGGUAUAAAUAAUAAAACUGUUGUUGUUAGCUUU